GCCAAGCGAAAAGGUCUCGCCGGUUCGUGAUGGGCAGCAGCAGAGCAGGCGGUACCAGACGAGGGGAAAGAUACAAGUAGAGAGGCUUGUGGUCGGCCUGACAUUCUUUCCCCAAUCAACUCUUCCAUCCGAUCACUCUCGAGCUGGCUCUCGAACCAUUCUCAACCCUCUACCGAGCUGGACCUCGUAGCGCCCCUCUCUCAUCGAGCUGGUCCUCGUGACGCCCCCAUUCUCCCCUCUGCCUCCCUCCAUGAUGACCUCUGGUAGGCUCCGCACCCACCGCUCUCUACUCUCACACAUCCGCCAUCCCAGAACUACACGGCACAUGACUUCAAGUGCAGACACAAGCCGCCUCAUUUCCAUGAUACGCUUCCUCCUCAUCACAGGCACGACAAUGUUCUGCCUCGCCACACUCUUUCAAGCUCAAGCUGCCCCUGUCUCUCGCCCCGUCGAUCCGGUCCUUUGCACGGCGUCGGCCUGCUAUGGUCGAGAGCGGGCUGCACCUCUCAGCGAUGCCCCGCUAGCAGCUCUCAACGACCAUAUGACCACCAUGAAUCACCCUCAGACUCGCGGCGAUGGCGAGCAGCAGCUCGAGGAUGUAGUUGCUGAAGCGAUAACAGUGACGAGCUCUGCAGACAGCAGGUGGUCUCCUACUGCCCUCGAGAGGAUGUUUGUUGCCCAAGAGACUAGCAAAGACAGCCGUGAUGCGACGACGCAGCCCGUGUCUCAUUCCGCCCCUGACUCUACCACAGGCUCGCCCUCGCACUCGACGCUGCCUUCCAGGCUGGGUAGCCUCGACGCCACGCUCGCGACCCGAGAGCCUAUGGAAAACAGUGGCAGCGGCGGCAACGGCAACGCCCUUCCCGCACCUCAGAACAUCGCUCCUGCUGCACCGCCUGCAGCGCCCGCGGCGGUCCCGAAUGUGGCCCCAGCUUCGCCGUCUUCUCAUGGCUCGAACAAUGGCCCAAUCGACCCCAAUCGCUCUCCUGGUGGCUCGUAUGCCUCGUACACAAGCAGCUCAAGCACCACGUUAUCUGCCACCCCGAGCGUUGCUAGCUCGACGCCGUCUGGAUCACCUGGAUCUAGCCCCGCGAGCAACGUGGGCCGUUUCUCGUCUGGAUCCUGGUGGUCACGCAUCGCAAGCUGGUUGUCGCGUGACGCAGCGCAGAGGGGGCGGGGAAGAGGGCGAGGAAGGGGCCAACGCUCAGUGACCACGCCGCAGAGCGAAAGCGAACUCGCCUACUUUUCAAUGCUACAGGCACGAAUGCCCAUGCAGAACAGUGGUAGCGUCAACAACUAUGUCCCGCCUGCAGGAGCUCAGAACAAUGCUCCUGCUGCGGCACCCGCGGCAGCCCACAAUGCGCCCUCAGCGUCGCCCCCCGUCUCACCUGCCGCAUCACCCCCAGCCUCACCCGCAGCUUCGCCUCCAGCCUCGCCGGCGUCUUCUGGCAGUUCGAACGCUGGUCCGAUUGACCCCAACCGGUCCCCUGCUGGAUCGUACGUCUCAUCCAGCAGCGCCAUGGGCGGAUCAGGUACGACAGUCUCUUCGGCCCCAAACCCUGCCAGCACGACGUCGUCUGGUUCAUCUUUGGGGUCUGGUCACAGGAGCGGCGUGAGUCGCCUGACGUCUGGAUCCUGGUGGUCACUCGUUAGAAGUUGGAUGUCCGGUGGCGCAGCACGGGGCAGAGGCCGGGGCCGAGGAGGGCGACGACGCUCAUUGACGGACGCGCACGGCAGCCACGCGUACCCGUCGAUGUUCGUGGCUCGAGAGCCGAUGGAGAACAGUGACAACCUCAGCAACGGCCACGUCAGCGGCGCUCCUGCAGCUCAGAAUCACGCCCCUGCGGCGCCCGCGCCAGCUCACCACUCGCCGCCAGCGUCGCCGGGGUCUUCUCACGCCUCGAAUGGUGGCCCAAUCGACCCUCACCGCUCUCCUGCUGGCUCGUAUGCCUCUUCCCCCGCCAUGGGCGGCUCAGGCACCACGGUCUCAUCGGCGCCAAGCCCAGCGAGAACGACGCCGCCUGCGUCACCCCCGUCUAGCCCAGGGAGCAACCCGCGCCUUGGGAGCCCCAACGGGCCCCUGCAGUCUGGAUCCUGGUGGUCACGCGUCACGAGUUGGCUGUCAGGAGGCAGUGGACAUGGAGGACGAGGCAGAGGACGAGGGCGAGGACCCGGAGGCGGACGACGUUCAAUUACGAGCGCGCAGGGAAGAGUCGUGUCGAUGAUCGAGGCUCGAGAGCCAAUGGACGGUGAGCACGCUCCUCCUGCCGUAGUCCAUCCUCCCUCGCCAGCGUCCUCAGCCGGCUCCAACAAUGGACCCAUCGAUCCGAAUCGCUCGCCAGGCGGGUCUUUCCGUUCGAGUGACAGCGGCUCAGGCUCCUUGCCUGCGUACCUCGACUCGGGAUCAAAUCGUGCUAGCACUAGCUCCGGGGCAUCUGGUCAGCCUCCUUCGGGAGCGAGUGGCGGGCGAGGGUCCGGUGGUCCAUCCAGUAUUCCGAUGAGCACCUACUCGUUGCAGAAUCUGGAAGCCAACCAUGCUAGCUCUAGCUCCAAGGGUCCAUCGUCUCACCGGAGCAGUGGUCGAGGAUCGCAUGGCUCGUCCAGUGUUCCGAUGAGCACCUUCUCCCGCGAGAACCUCAGUAAUCUCUUCGCGAGCGGAGCAAAGCGUCUCAAGAAAAUUCUCAAGGGCGGGAGGAAGCGAGGAGCGCCACAAGAGGAGCUUUCGCACCCAUUCAUGACAUAUCGGGAGUUCAGGCAGACGCUCGCAGCUCGUCAACCCAUGCAGGGCGACAAUCCUCCUCAAGCCGCUCCUGCCGCAGCCAAUCCUCCCUUGCCGGCCUCGCCAGCUUCCUCGACUGGCUCCAACAACGGGCCUAUCGAUCCAAAUCGGUCGCCUGGCGGAUCCUUCCAUUCCGGCGACAGCGGCUCAAGCUCCUCGGCUGCUGCGGCCCACGUCCCGGGUUCCAAUCACGCUAGCGCCAGCUCCGGACCAUCCGCUCAGCCGCCUCAGGAAGGUGGUAACGGACGUGGAUCUGGUGGUUCGCAUAACGCUCCGACGAGCAGUACCAAUUCCUUGAUCAUCGUUCUCAAGAAGCUCGUCCAGGGUCGAAAGAAGCGGCCGGUGCCAAGGGGACAGCCUUCACAGGCACCGUCAAAGUAUCUGCACCGCAGCCAAGCGGCCCUUGCAGCUCGAGAGCCUAUGCGCGGCGGCCACGCUGGCGCCGCCGCUCGACCCCCUCUCCCUCCUCCUGUUGCUCCUGCCGCCCCUGCUCCUGCCGCAGUCAAUCCCAAUGCACCUGCCUCGCCAGCAUCUUCGGCCGGCUCCAACAAUGGCCCAAUCGAUCCGAGUCGCUCGCCGGGAGGAUCUUAUCACUCGGGCCCAUCUUCUCCAGUUGCCGCAGGUCCUCAAGGUCCCAACACUGCGAGCGUUUCUCCUCCCCGCCCGCCAGCCCCGAAUCCAAUUCGACCGUCACAGUUCUGGGCAAAAUUCAGGAGAAUUCUCGGCUUGAGGCCACGGAAGGCGUUUUCUGAUCGAGAACACAACCAAGAGACGCUCGUCGUUAGAGAGCCCAUGCGCGGCGGCCACGCUGGCGGCGACGUCCGGCCCCCCGCUCCUGCGGCUGCUCCUGCCGCUCCUGCCGCUCCUGCCGCUCCUGCUGCUGGUGCUCCUGCUGGUGCUCCUGCUGCUGCCGCUCCCGCCGAUCCCGUCGUGAUCAAUGCUCCCUCGCCAGCGUCCUCGGCUGGCUCCAAUACCGGCCCGAUCGAUCCCAAUCGCUCCCCUGGGGGGUCCUACGACGCAAGUCCGCCUCCCCGUCCCUUAGGCGGCCCAUCGGCCCCUAUUCGACCGUCACAGUUCUGGGCGAAGUUCAGGAGAAUCCUUGGUCUGAGGCCACGGCAGGCGUCGUUAUCUCGUCGGGACCAGAAGCAGGCGACGCCGGCAUCUUCAGAGUCCAUGUAUCAAGUUCCUGCCACGCCUCCCGUCGCUGCGCGGGGCUCCGCUCAGGGCUCACCUUCGAAGUCUGCGGGCUCGGGCAGCUCGAGCUAUGGUACGAUGGAUCCUGAUCGCUUGCCUGCAGAGCCCUCCGAGCUGGUGUCGGGCUCUCGCGCUGGAGUCGCUCGCGGUCCCAACGUGGCGAACGGUUCUGAACCUAGACCAAUACCAGCCAUCCCGAUAGCCUGGGCUCCUCCAGCCCACCCGGUGAACCCCUCGUCCUCUUCAUCAGCUGGUUCGGCCGCCUCACAUCCACCAGGCUUUACUCCUCCAGCAUCGCCGUCGACCUCAGCCUCUUCAUCGGCAACGUCAGGCGGCUCACAUCCAACUGGUUUGGCUCCCCCUGCCUCGCCGCCACUCUCAUCUUCUUCAUCGGCAGCGUCGGCCGCCUCACAUCCGCCCGGCUUUACUCCUCCUGCCUCGCCACCAUCCUCACCCUCUUCUUCGGCAACGUCCGCCGGCGCACACCCACCAAGCCCUGCGCCCUUCCGAAAGCCAUCCCCUUCUCGAGCGUCAUCUCCCUCGCGAUCGUCGUCGUCCUCAUCCACGGCAUCAUCGUCGUCGACCGCCACGCCACCAGCAGGCUUUCCACCCUCUCGAUCGCCGUCUUCGACGCCGUCGAACACGAGUUCCUACUGGUCAAGACUCGGUAAAUUGCUUGGUUGGGGUCGACGAUCUAUGGUCAAUGACUCGGACGUGGAGAGCUUAUGGCUUGAGGGACGAGUGCCCAUGUUCCAACGCCCCGCCACGCCUUCCGUCAGUUGUCCCGAGUAUGCUGCCUGUACGGGCUCGGGGGGAUGGAGUCCGGUAGGCUCAUGGGGCCCGGCUGCGUCGUCUCUGGGCUCAGGCAGCUCGAAUUCUGGUCCCUACGCAUCCGAUCGCUCGUCUGGAAGCUCUUACGUGUCGGGCUCGGCUUCGGUAGUCGCCGCAGGCCCUCACGGUCCCAACACAGUGAGCCAUUCUGACUCUGGUUCGGUCAACAAACCAGGUCAUUCGCGAACACCUUCAUCGGCUUCAACAGCUGCGUCGUCCGCUGAUCGCCGACCAGGCUUCAAACUUCCUCGACCAGCAGCCGUGUGGACAGGAAUCAAGAAGUUCUUUGGUUGGGGGCGACGUUCAACUGUCAAAGACGACACUGUGGGGGGCUUCUCGCUGGUAGCUCGAACACCCAUGGACGGCCUUCCUCCCCUAGUCGAUGCACCUCCCUCGCCAGCGUCUUCAGCUGGGUCCAAUCAUGGGCCUGUCGAUCCGAAUCGCUCGCCUACAGGAUCCUUUGAGUCGAGCUCGGGCGAUUCCUCUGGCAGCAGCCGCAGUUCCUCUUCUGCAUCUGGGUCCGUGAGCAACGCGAGUUCAAGCCACUCGACAGCUUCCUCCUCGUCCUCGGCAGCUGCGUCGAUCGCCACACAGCCGCCCUCCCGGUCGUCAACGUCGAGGAGCAGAUCCUUUUGGUCGAGAAUCAGGAGCUUCUUCAGCAAUUGGAGGCGACGGUUCAUUGCCAAGGACGAUGACGUGGGUGGCUCCCUGCUGGCAAGUCGAAAGCCCAUGCAAGGCGGCCCUGCUCCACCCGCCCUACCUGCCCUCGUCAAUGCACCUCCCUCGCCAGCAUCCUCGGCUGGAUCCAAUCACGGUCCCGUCGAUCCAAAUCGCUCGCCUGCGGGAUCCUUCCACUCAAGCCCGGAUCAUUCUCCAGGCGGCCGACAUGGCUCCAAUUCUCCAUCUGGGUCACUCAACAGGACUCCAAGCCACUCGGCAGCCUCUUCGUCGUCUUCGUCAGCUGCGUCGGGCAGCACGCGCCCGCAAGGCUCUGCUCCCUCUCGAUCAUCGUCUGCGACUACUAAAUCUUUCUGGUCAAGACUCAGGAGCUUCCUUGGUUUCAGGCGACGGGCUAUCAUUCACGGGAUGGACGAGGAGGGCUCGUUGCUUCAGGCGCGAGCUCCCAUGAACAGUGGCCACGCUUCUCCCGCCGCUCCCGGCUCGCCUGGGGCGUCUGUGGGCUCAGCCAGCUCCAACGAUGGUCCAAUCGAUGCCAAUCGCUCACCUGGAGGAUCCUACGAGUCGCAUUCGGGCCAUUCCUCAGAUGCCCCUCCUCACGGUGCCAGCAUUGUAAGCAAUUCAGAAGCUGAGUCUGUCAAUAAUGCCAGUCCAGGCCACUCGACAGGGUCAUCGUCGGCCGCAGCGCACCCGCCAGGCUUGGCUCCUCAACCAUCGUCGUCAGCAUCGCACAAUGGAUCCUUCUGGUCAGUGCUCAGGAGCUUUCUCGGUUGGGGGCGACGAUCAAUUGCGAAGGAUGACGACGUGGGGGGCCUAGUUAAGGCACGAGAGCCCAUGCACGGCGGCGACGCUCCUCCCUCACCAGCGUCCUCAAGUGGGUCCAAUCAUGGUCCUGUCGAUGCCAAUCGCUCGCCUGGAGGGUCGUACCAGUCGAGUCCGAGCCACUCAUCGGGCAGCGGAGUCGCUCACGGUCCCAACACUAUAAGCAGUUCUGAGACGGCCUACAACGUUCAUCCGAGCCACUCGCCGACCUCCUCUUCAUCGACGUCGUCGCCGACUUCGUCCACGCACACGUUCUGGUCCAGACUCAAGAAAUGGUUCGGUUGGGGGCGACGGUCUAUUGUCAAGGACGAAUAGGCGAAGGCCCAAAUGCCUCGUUGCGCCUCGUUUGAGGAGAGAUUGGGCCAGUCUAGCUUGUGCCAAACCGCUUCCGUAACCCUGUCUGGCCUCUUGAUUCGAAUAUCUACUUCUUUCGGCAUCCUCUCCUUACACUUUAUCGUUUUCAAUCGACAUGCUUCACAUAACAGUC